AUGACAGCUUCAAAGAUCAACAUCUUGAUCCUCAAUCCCAACUCCUCCCGGGAUAUGACGGAGGGGGUUCGGAAGGCGGUCGACUCUGUUGCCCAGUCACAAGGCUUCACCAACUGCGCCUUCCACUACCAGACCGGCCCCGCCACCAGCCCGGCCAGCAUAAACGACGCCGACGACCUGGCCUCGUCGACCGAUGCCGUCCUCCCUGCGCUGGGCGACAUCUCCAGCCUAGACUACGACGGCGUCCUGGUCGCCUGCUACAGUGUCCACCCGCUGGUGGUCCGCCUACAGGGCGACCACGGCAAGGCCGUCCUGGGAAUCUUCGAGGCCAGCGUGCUCUCGGCCCUGUCGCUACUGGAGCCCUACGCCGACACGACGUUCGGCAUCGUCACGACGGGCAAGUUCUGGGAGCAGCACCUGACCGACGGCGUCAGGGAUUUCCUGGGCCUGCGGGGCGGGCAGCAGCAGACCGGCAGGUUCGCCGGGGUGUGCACCACAGGGCUCAACGCGGGUGAUUUCCACGGCGGUGUGCCGCAGGACGUCAUCGAUGCCAAGCUGAAGGAAGCGACCCGGAAGCUGCUCAAGAGCUCAAAGGUGAGGGUGGUCAUUAUGGGCUGCGCUGGCAUGGCCGGACUGGAAGCCAUCAUUCGAAGUGUGGUGACGGAGGAGUAUGGCGACAAGGAGAGGGUGUUUGUUAUCGACGGCGUAAAGGCCGGCGCCGGGCUACUGCUUGAGACGGCCCGUAGCGCACGAUUGUUUGGCUAG